UGUCCAGCGUCGUCAGGGUUUGACCGGGGUAGGCCGUCAUUGUAAAUAAGAAUUUGCUCUUAACUGACUUGCACAGUUAAAUAAAGGUUACAUUUAAAAAUAAAAAUAAAUACAUUGUAUGAAUAGGCGGGGUUUAUGACUUUGUGUUUGUGCUAACUAGUGACGAUACCUGAGCGAAGUCCCCAUAUUAGUUUUUUCUGUAGCAACGGAAGUUCGGUUGAAAACCGGAAACAUCGCGUUGUUUCGACCCCGCGUAGAGUGCUCUUUGACAGACGGAUGACAGCUUCCUGAGCAAGUCCUACUUUGUUGAUGUCACGUAGCUAGCUAGCUAGCUAGCUAACUGACGGCUACAAAAGUGCUUUGUUUUCUUAUUAAGCGGAUUACUGCUCUGAUACAUACAUUUCUGGCUUAGAAGGUGAAUCUAGAUGUACAUGAUCCGGGGUUGUUUGGUACGAAAGCCUCUGGUGCCGUUAGGAGAAUGAACUCCAUCACCGGUCGGGAUCACCCUGUACCCGCCUCCUCUGUCAACUCUGGAGCCUCAUCUUCUCGAGGCUUGCACGUAGAACUCACAUCUCAGCAGAGGCGGUUACGUCAUCUCAGAAGCAUCGCAGCCCGCAACAUCGUCAACAAGAAUGGCUUUCCACUGUUGGACACAUAUUUUACCCUUCAUCUCUGCUUAGAGGACUGGAUAUCCAGAGACUUUUACAAGAGUGAAGUCAUCCGAGGUUCAUUGAAUCCAACAUGGCGGAGCCUGGACUUUGGCAUGCUGCCGGACCUCCUUGACACAUCUGUGUCCUGCUUCGUGGUGAGGAUCUGGGGCGGUUGGGAGGAACAGUUCACACUCCUCAUAGAGUGGAAGGUCAACCUGGAUGGGCUCAGAUACACAGGGCAGCAGAUCCGCUCCAGGAAUCCAAAUGAAAUCAUAUUUGGAUUGAAUGAUGGCUACUAUGCAAGUGACUUUGAUCAUAAGGACCACUCUGAAAGGAAGAAGAACAGUUUACUCCUUGUGGACCAGAGUUCAGUGAGGAACUCCUACAGUGUCUUCUCUCUGCUGAGGCUCCACACAGCACAGAGAGCCAUCAAGCAGACCCAGGUGACGGUGCAGAUGAUCGGGAAGGAGAUUGAGGAGAAGCUGAGGACGACAGCGGCCUGCAACGAGCGGAAGAAGGAGCGGGAGUGUAUGCAGAUGCGUCUCGGGAUGCUACGAGGUGAGCUGGAGAGACAGAGGAAGGUGCUGGGCCGGGAGACAGACAUGCGGCAGAAGGAGAGAGCACAGCUUCAGAAGAAAGAGGAAGCGUUCUCCACCAAACACCACAGUCUGGGGAUGGAGAGGGAGUCGUUAACAGAGCAACAUAAAGAAUGCACUGCCAAAAGAGAGCUGUUCCUCAAGUCCAACGCUCAGCUCACCUUCCGCUGUCGUCAGCUCCUCUCUGAGCUGUCCUACAUCUACCCCAUCGACGUGGUCACCACGGCCGCUAAUCAAUCCGAUUAUGUCAUCUGUGGAGUGAAGCUGCCCAACUCGGAGGAUUUCCAAGCGAAGGAUGAUGGGAGCGUUGCGGUUGCCCUGGGUUACACGGCCCACUUGGUACUGAUGAUCAGUUGCUUCCUGCAGAUCCCUCUCAGGUAUCCUGUCAUCCACAAAGGCUCCCGCUCCUCCAUCAAGGACACCAUCACAGACAAGCUCAGUGAGAAGGAGCGAGAAUUCCCACUUUACCCUCGAGGAGAGCGUUUUCAGUUUGAGUACGGAGUCUACCUGAUCAACAAGAACAUCGCCCAGUUGAGAUACCAGCAUGGCCUGUCCACUCCAGACCUGCGCCAGACCCUGCCCAACCUCAAGAACUUCUUGGAGCACGGCCUUCUGGUCCGAUGUGACCGGCAUCAUGUCUCCAGCUCUAUCCCAGUCCCGACAGGAGCCAAGUCUCAGAUCAGUGUCUCGGCUGCGUCAGAGGUGGGUUUCCCCACCGACACCAGCUCUCCAGACCGGGGCUCACUGAGGAAGAGGGCCAGCUCUGAGGCCGACAAGCAGAAGUACAAAGCCUCUCUUCCUCCCAGCUACAACACGGCCAUGGCCAUAGACCAACCCCAGGGGGGCCUGCCGCCGCCCUCCCCCUCCCUCAAACACAUGUCCUCCUCCCUGGACGCUAGCAUCGACCUGGCCAAGACUCUGGAGGUCCAGGCACAGCAGACACCAGCCCCAGGAGAGGAGGAUGGAGAUGGAGAAAUAGAUGUGGUGGUUGUGGAGCAACUGCCUUCCACCACCACAGGAGGCUCAGAUUGCCCCACUCCGGCUCGGGACAGCACCAUUGAGGAACUGGAGGAGGUGGCACUCACCAGCCAGCAGAAUACCAUGAAUGGCUUAGUGAUGCCAGGCUACGGGCUGGCGGGGCCCACAACUGGGCUAACAGUGACCAUGGCAUUGAACCCAGAGUUGUGCUGCUCGGUGGAGCAGGCAGAGGAGAUCAUGGGGACUGAGGCCACAGGACUGGGGGACGGGGCCAGGCUGGAGGACUACCCCUGCAUCCCCGUGGAGCACGCGGUGGCCGUGGAGUGUGAUGAGCAGGUGCUGGGCGAGCUGGAUGCCGCCGGCUUCGAGGAGUUCUCCCGCCGCAUCUAUGCACUAAAUGAGAACAUGUCCAGCUUCCGCAGGCCACGCAAGAACUCCUCUGAGAAGUGACAACAGGAGAGCAGGACCUGAGGGGAGGGCUGGGCUGGGGGGUGAGGGCAGGACUGGAGUCACAGGACACAUGAGUCAGGGACAUGAACUUAGUGGAGGGGGGGGGGUCCUGUGUGUUUUGGUGUGUGUGUCACUCUCCCUCUCUCCAUGCAUCAAUUGAAAUCAAACAUAGGAACUACGGUAUUUGGAAUGUGACAAAUUUGCACUUCUCGAAAAACAUGUAUAUCAGAAAAGGCUCGUGAGAGGAGCUAUAGGAGGACAGGCUCAUUGUAAUGACUGGAAUGGAAUUCAUGGUACGGAGUCAAACACAUCCAACAUAUGGAAACCACCUUUCACUCCGUUCCAUUUUUUCUAUUGCAGCCAUUACAAUGAGCCUGUCCUCCUAUAGCUGUUCUUACCAGCCUCCUCUGAUUUCUAUAAUCCUUUGAAAUUAAAUAAAGCAAAUGUUUGUGGUUGAAACACUUCCGCAGCUUUCUUUUUUCAGGAUGCAUGGCAAUGCUGUGGAAGGGAGGGAGGGGGUGUUUGUGUUGUGACCACCUUUAAACACACAAAAUGUAUCCUUCCUCCCUUCCUUGAAGUAACCAGUAAUCUAACAUGAGCAGCUUGAUGAAAGCUAUAGAGUCUUCACUUGUACCUGUCCAGUCCUUGUACCUGUCAGUAAUAACUUCAAGGGAAGGAGAGAUGAAUUUGAACAAAGCCAGGGUCUUCAGCAUGGCUGACAGAGGAAAGGGGGUACAGCAAAUUGACCGGUCACUAGGCCAGGGCAGCUUAGACUGUUGGCCCAAUCAGAUACUCCGUAACUGUUACGCCCUGCACCUCCAGGUCCAACAGCCAUUGGAUAGGGCUGCCCUGUCUUUAUCCCAAGGAACCAUGACAUGUAGGAGGGAGGCUUGAGCUCAUGGCACAUGGCAGGGAUACAGUGCAAUUUCUCUGUCUUCUCCAUACCCGGUUUUUAUUUUUUUACUAUUUUAAUAAGCCCCAUUAAUAUAAGUAUUAAUAUAAAGUCUAAUAAUUCACAUAUUAUUCAAUAGACCAAAAACAUUUCUGGUGUGUACUUAGGGUCGGAAACUUUCCGUUAAUUUUCUGGAAUUUUUCCGGACAUUUUCCAUGGGAAUUUAAGCCCUGGAAUUUGGGGAAUUUCGUCUAAAUGUAUCAAAAAAUGUAGCUUAAAAUAGUGAACCUUUUUUGUGGGAUACACAUAUGGCAAUUCUAGGUCUUGGGGCAUAUUUUGGUUAAGAUAUCCCCAAUUAAAUGGAAUUGCAACCCUCUGCAUGCACAGUGCAUUCUUUCAUCACAUGUACAGUGCAUUCUUCCCUCACAUGUACAACUGAUUCUCAAGAUCUUGCACAAUAAUGAGAUGCUAUUGAGCCCUCACUACUACACUGUCUGAGCCUAGGACUACAUGUUUUCUGGUAAGUUUUGAUUACAAUACUGGGUGGGGUGAAUAUAUUUUAUAUGACAUACAUGAUUCUUUGUUAACUAGAAAAGAUUAGCCUACAGCAAAGUUUGUUUUAAAUAAUUUCUAACUUGUUAACAAUUCUGCUAGUUAGUUUUUGCUACCAUGUGGGUUUUAGCUUGCUUGAGCCUGCUGAGGCGUGUUAAUUCACCUGUUUCCAUAUGUUUCAUUUGAAAACAUUUAUCUUACAAAGAAGUUGUUUAAUCUAACUGCUUAACUAUUUAUCUGUACAUGGAAUAGUAUUUGGUUUUUGUUUUAUACAUUUUUUUCUAAUCAUUACAGGAAAAUGCCACAGGCACUAUCUGAUGUGUGGAGACAUUUCACUGUAGCUAAUGUAGAAAAAAGAGCUGUGUACAUUUGCAAAUACUUUGCCAAAUCAUAUGUGAAGAAUGCAACAAAGUUGCAGAAUCAUCUGGUCAAGUGCAUGAAGUUCCUGAGCGCUCACAACAAGUAACCUCUGACAAAAGUCCCUCUACUUCUAUUCGAGGUGAAAAUGAUGAAUCAGACACCUUAUUGAUAGCAACAGCUCAUGGUCCUCCUGGAAUCAGACGUUUUUUUGACACUGUGGAGGAACGAAGUCAGAGAAAUUAUGAUGAAUGUCUUGCUCGAGUUGUGUAUGCAACUGGUUUACCUCUGAUGCUCACAGGCAAUGUGUAUCAGAAGAUAUUUCUGAAUGUUCUUUGCCCAGCAUACACCCCUCCAACUAGACAUGCUUUAUCUACUCAUUUGUUGGAUGCAGAGUUCAAGUGAAGGUCAAGCGAACCAUAGAGAAAGCAGACUGUAUUGCAAUCAUCUCUGAUGGGUGGUUGAAUGUUUGGGCGAGGAAUAAUUAACUACAUCAUCUCCACCCCUCAACCAGUAUUCUACAAGAGCACAGACACAAGGGACAAAAGACACACUGAAGGCAGUCAUCAAUAACCUUAGACCACAGAAGGUAUUUGCACUGGUGACAGACAAUGCUACGAACAUGAAGGCUGCUUGGUCUAAAGUGGAGGAGUCCUACCCUCACAUCACAUCCAUUGGCUGUGCUGCUCAUGCAUUGAAUCUGCUCCUCAAGGACAUCAUGACACCAAGCAAAGUGAGAAGAACAAGAGCACCAGAUUUAAGCUGCCCAGCAACACCCAUUGGGGUGAUGUUGUCAUGUUUGACAGUCUCCUGGAGGGGAAGGAGUCUCUCCAAGAAAUGGCCCAUAUCACAGUCUGCCGAUAUGGACAGCCCCAUCAAGAGGAUUCUCCUGGAUGAUGUAUUUUGGGAGAUAGUGGUAAGCAGCCUGAAACUACUGAAACCUAUAGCAGUAGCCAUUGCACAGAUUAAGGGAGACAAUGCCAUCCUGUCUGAUGUUCAGACUCUGCUUGCAGAUGUAAGAGAAGAAAUCCAUACUGCCCUGCCCACUUCACUGUUGCUCCAAGCAGAGGAAACUGCAGUUCUGAAAUACAUCAAAAAGUGUGAAGACUUCUGCCUGCAUCGUAUAUGUUGGACCCAAGUAUGCUGGCAAGAGCAUCCUGUCUGGCGCAGAGAUGAACAAGGUCUAUGGUGUCAUCACUACCAUGUCUCGCCACCUUGGCCUUUAAUGAGGGCAAGGUUCUUGGCAGUCUGGUGAAGUACAUUUCCAAGCAAGGGCUUUUGGAUGUGGAUGCGAUAUGGCAGUUGUGCCAACAUGUCUCAUCAGCCACCUGGUGGAAGGGACUUUGUGGAUCUGAGGCUCUUUCCUCUGUUGACUCCAUCAUUUAGGCCAAGUGGUUAGAGCAUUGGAUUAGUAACCGAAAGGUUGCAAGUUCGAAUCCCCAAGCUGACAAGGUACAAAUCUGUCGUUCUGCCUCUGAACAAGGCAGCUAACCCACUGUUCCUAGGCCGUCAUUGAAAAUAAUACAUUUUUCUUAACUGACUUGCCUAGUUAAAUAAAGUUUUCUUUAAUUAUUUUUUUAACAAAAAAAAACAUUCCAAAUCCCACCAACAUCAGCCGCCUCAGAGCACAACUGAUCCUUGUUUGGGAACACACCUACCAAAGCACACAACAGGCUGACCAAUUGGUUGAAAAAUAUGUGGCCGUCCGGGAGAAUUUGAGGCUUUUUGUGCCUGACAAUGAGCCAUCCUCAACAAGGUUGGAAAGUGACAGUGAAGAUGAGGCCUCAGAGUCUGAUGUCCAAAAGGUGGACAUUGAGGAGAUCCAGGGAGAAGACAUGGAAGCCUGAGAGGAAGACAACCAAAGCUUUAAUUUCAAGACUAUCAUUUAACAGAUGUAUGUUGAAAAUGUUUUUGGGAGAUGCGAUGGAUCAUUGGGGAUGAUUCAAUAUUCCCUUUCUUUUGUUGUUCAGUGAAAUCAUCCCUUGUGAAGAGUCAACUCAUUUAAUUAAAGUUAAUUUUGUAACUAAAUAGUUUUUAAAAAUUCUGUUGGAAGGAUUUAAUCAUUUGCAAUUAUGUCUACUUAUGAUAAGGUAAAAGGUUUAUGUUUCUGUCUCCAUAUGAUAUGGUAAAUAUAUCCAAUGCAAGAAAACAUCUCAAUUUAAAUGGUAUUAAUAUUAAUUUGCAUAUAUUUCCGUUAAUUCCCAUAUAUUCCCGUUAAUUCCCACAGAAAGUUUUCACCUCUGAAUAUUCUCCAAAAUGUGCAAACCUAUGUGUACUCUAUGCUGUUGGAAUGUCUCACUCAGGCCUUACAUGUUAGUCUUCUUGUUUUGUUUUUUUUGUCAUUUUUCUUACAUUUCCCUGUUGAACUCCUUUUGUUCUUGCACUGGUGGCAAUGUGCGUUAUUUAUAAUGUCUCACUGAGUUUGUGUUUUUGUUUCAAAGGAAUUCAUGCUUUAUUAUUUUCCCUCAUAGGCAAUCAGUCAGUCAAUGAUAACAUUGUAAAGUAUUAGAACAGUCAUCAGACCUGGGUUCAAGUCUUUAAAAUACUUACAUACAAUUUGGGUCUAACUGUGUCCGCUGUGUAUUGCUCUGGGAAAGGACCACAGAGAUUUCUGUAGACAAGCUGAUAUGGUCAACUGAUCUUUUUUAUUAUGACCAAGUACUGUAUUGGAUGACUGUUGAAAUGUAUUGUAUUUAUGAUGAGAGAUUGAUAGUAGAGACGGAUAGUAGAUCAUUUCCAUAAAAUGCUAUACAGAAUGUGACCUUGUACAUACAGUUGAAGUUGGAAGUUAGAUUACAUUUAAUCCUAGUAAAAAUUCCCUGUUGGGUCAGUUAGGAUCACCACUUUAUUUUAAGAAUGUGAAAUGUCAGAAUAAUAGUAGAGAGAAUGAUUUAUUUCAGCGUUUAUUUCUUUCACCACAUUCCCAGUGAUUCAGAAGUUUACAUACACUCAAUUAGUAUUUGGUAGCAUUGCCUUUAAAUUGUUUAACUUGGGUCAAACAUUUUGGGUAGCCUUCCAUAAAUUCCCCACAAUAAAUUGGGUGAAUUUUGUCCCAUUCCUCCUGACAGAGCUGGUGUAGUCUGGUUUGUAGGCCUCCUAGCUCGCACACGCUUUUUCAGUUCUGCCGACAAAUUUUCUAUGGGAUUGAGAUCGGAGCUUUGUGAUGGCCACUCCAAUACCUUGACUUUGUUGUCCUUAAGCCAUUUUGUCACAACUUUGGACGUAUGCUUGGGGUCAUUGUCCAUUUGGAAGACCCAUUUGCGCCCAAGCUUUAACUUCCUGACUGAUGUCUUGAGAUGUUGCUUCAAUAUAUCCACAUAAUUUCCAUCCUCAUGAUGCCAUCUAUUUUGUGAAGCGCACCAGUUCCUCCUGCAGCAAUGCACCCCCACAACAUAAUGCUGCCACCCCUGUGCUUUAUGGUUGGGAUGGUGUUCUACGGCUUGCAAGCCUCCAAACAUAACGAUGGUCAUUAUGGCCAAACAGUUCUAUUUUUGUUUCAUCAGACCAGAGGACAUUUCUCCAAAAAGUACAAUCUUUUUUAUGGUGGUUUUGGAGUACUGGCUUCUUCCUUGCUGAGCGGCCUUUCAGGUUAUGUCGAUAUAGGACUCAUUUUUACUGUGGAUAUAGAUACUUUGGUACCUGUUUCCUCCAGCAUCUUCACAAGGUCCUUUGCUGUUGUUUUGGGAUUGAUUUUCACUUUUCGCACCAAAGUACGUUCAUCUCUAGGAGACAGAAAGCGUCUCCAACCUGAGAGGUAUGACGGUUGCGUGGUCCCAUGGUGUUUAUACUUGCGUACUAUUGUUUGUACAGAUGAACAUGGUACCUUCAGGUGUUUGGAAAUUGCUCCCAAGGAUGACCCAGACUUGUGGAUAUCUACAAUUUAUUUUCUGAUGUCUUGGCUGAUUUCUUUAGAUUUUCCUAUGAUGUCAAGCAAAGAGGCACUGAGUUUGAAGGUAGACCUUGAAAUACAUCAAUAGGUACACCUCCAAUUGACUGAAAGGAUGUCAAUUAGCCUAAGCCAUGACGUAAUUUUCUGGAAUUUUCCAAGCUGUAUAAAGGCACAGUCAACUUAGUGUAUGUAAACGUAUGACCCACUGGAAUUGUGAUACAGUGAAUUAUAAGUGAAAUAAUCUGUCUGUAAGCAAUUGUUGGAAAAAUGACUUGUGUCUUGCACAAAGUAGAUGUCCUAACCGACUGGCCAAAACAACAUUUGAGGAGUGGUUGAAAAAGCGAGUUUUAAUGACUCCAACCUAAGUGCAUGUAAACUUCUGACUUCAACUGUAUACUUUUGUAUGGAGAGUGUUUAUUAUUAAAGACUUUCAGUCCAAUAGCAUGGAUGUAUGUAGCCCCCUGUA